AUGACGAAAGAGUGGAAAACUCCUUACUCGUCGACGUAUCCAAAAGCGACUGUCAUAUUCUUUCUCUUUGCCUUUGUUGGAUGUUUUGCACUUCUAAACAACACGAAAUCAAGGCCUCUUCUAAAGUUCUGCUUCAACUCCAGAGAUCAGUUUGUGGCCGCACAGUGCGUACUUUGUGAUUUUUACCAGUUCUCAGCUACGGUUUUAGGAUGCAACGGGAGGACGUCUGCUCUUCUUAGUAACAUCACAUCAACUGAAGCCGUAUGCAUCAUAUCUAACUGUCUACAACAAGUGCGGCAGGCGCAGCCGCAGUUCACGGGCCGUCGCAAGAGAGACGAACCGACGCCCGUCCCGAGCAUCGAACACCUCAUCGACGUAGACGAGAAAGAGAUCCUGGACGAGAAGGAGGAGAUGGCCGCCGCAUCCACGUCCAUGAAGGAACUCUUCCAGCAGUACGUGAUGCUGGACGAGACUCAGAUGAAGGAGCUGGAAGAGCAGGUCGUGGACAGGGUCGAGGUCAACGUGGACGCGCAGGAUUAUGAAUAUGAGUGAAAGGGCAGUUCACUUAUCGGCCACCCGUCCCGUCCAUCCCGUUUUUUGACGUGACGGACUGCCGAGGAAAUCAGAGUAGCAUUCACAUAUGGUCGCCGCACAUCAAUCACGUGGCUGAAAUCACCCGCUAGGGAGAAGAGCUCGCUGAUGGGCGGAAACCAAUCAAAUGCUGUCCUACUUUUGACGGCCGUCAGAUAUCGAAGUUCUUCUGAUCAAAACCGGUCCUGUCCAAGAUGGCUUGCUGUUAUGGCAACCAGCAAAGAAAACCUGUUUCGGGUGGAAAAACUCGGGAUGG